AUGUUAUUGUCAUUGACUCUGUAUUCAGACCUGCAGGUGAAGGUGACUAAUGCCACAGAGGCAGGGAAGAGGACACUGACCUGUAUCACCACCUGUACUCUGACUGACAACCCCACCUACAUCUGGUACAAGAACGGACACAAAGUAAAGGAGGACACUUCUAGCUCGUACCCAGACUCCUUUAGUGAUGCAGACAGUUACUCCUGUGCUGUAAAAGGCCAUGAGGAUCUCCUCUCUCCUGCAGUGUACGGCCCAAAGAACACCUCAGUGUCAGUCAGUCCCUCUGGUGAAAUAGUGGAGGGCAGUUCAGUGACUCUGACCUGCAGCAGUGAUGCCAACCCACCUGUGGACAAAUACACCUGGUACAAGAAGAACGUAACCUCACCAAAAGCAUCAGGACAGAGUUACAGCAUCACUAACAUCAUCUCUGAGGACAGAGGAGAAUAUUACUGUGAGGCCCAGAAUGGAAGAGGAUCUAUGAACUCUACAGCUCUGAUGAUCAUUGUAGCAGGGAAACAAACCUCAGUUCUAACUGCAGCUGUAGGAAUCAUAGUGGUUGUUCUGGGUGUCAUACUGGCUUCAUGUCUCUCUGGACUCAUGUGGUUCAGGAAGAAGUUCUCCAAAACCACCUCUGACACAAGACACCCAGCAGGCAAUGGACAGGGAGACUCUAGUCCAGUGUAUGACAACAUCUCAGGCAUGGCCUUCACCCCUACUGCAGCACAGACAGCGGCCAACGUCAACCAAGAUGACAUUCACUUCACCAGCGUCCACGUCUCUCACUCCAAAAACCAGGAAGUGCCUCUGUACUCCACCGUCCAACUGCUUCAACCCCAGAAAGAGGAUGAGGAUGUCCACUACGCUGCUGUGAAUUUCAACCUCCCCAGUGCCUCCACCUGGUCCACGGUGGAACAAGCAGCUGAGGAGGAUCCCUCUGUUCUCUACAGUACAGUCAAUAAACCCAGAACCAAGAAGACCUGAACAAAAUAAACCCAGAACCAAGAAGACCUGAACAAAAUAAACCCAGAACCAAGAAGACCUGAACA